AAGAUUUUCCUAAGAUGAAAUCUCUAUAGUUUUUUCCCUUUCCUAAAUUUUGAAAGACAUGUAUUAAACCAAAAUAAAUCUUUAGAUCAUUGCAAGGAAAAAUGUUGAAAAGUGUAACUCCAAUGGCAUUCUACGAUAUCGGAGAGCAGCAAUACUCUACUUUCGGGUACAUCGUAAGCAAACCUGGGAAUGCAGGAGCUUACGAGAUCGACCCUCCGAUCCCAAACAUCGACGAUGCGAUCUACGGCUCUGAUGAGUUCCGCAUGUACGCCUACAAGAUCAAACGGUGUCCUCGUACUCGCAGCCACGACUGGACGGAGUGUCCCUACGCUCACCGUGGCGAGAAAGCCACACGCCGUGAUCCUCGCCGUUACACUUACUGUGCCGUCGCAUGCCCGGCUUUCCGAAAUGGCGCAUGCCACCGUGGAGACUCAUGCGAAUUCGCACAUGGCGUAUUCGAGUACUGGCUCCACCCGGCGCGUUACCGAACACGCGCCUGCAACGCCGGAAACUUGUGUCAGAGGAAAGUGUGUUUCUUUGCACACGCGCCGGAGCAGCUAAGGCAGUCUGAGGGAAAGCACAGGUGCAGGUACGCUUAUAGGCCGGUGAGGGCUAGAGGUGGAGGAAAUGGCGAUGGAGUGGCGAUGAGAAUGGACAGCGAGGAUUACGACACGUCACGGUCUCCGGUGAGAAGCGGGAAAGAUGAUUUAGAUAGUAACGAGGAGAAGGUGUUGUUGAAGUGUUGGAGUCGGAUGAGCAUUGUGGAUGAUCAUUAUGAGCCGUCCGAUUUGGAUUUUGAUUUGGAUUUGUCACAUUUUGAUUGGAUCUCAGAGUUGGUCGAUUAAAUUGGGAAAUUAAAGCAGCCAACAAAAGAAACCCGAUAAAUAAAGUGGAUUUAGUUAA